UUGGCAGCGUAGUAAGACUGACAUUUUGAAGUUCAAACAUGGAAGUAUUGCUUGUGUUCAGGAGCAGUAAUCACGAUUGUGCGCUACGACAUCUAUGAUGACCUGCUGCUAGUAAUCGCUUGCAAUUUCUUGGACGGCAUCCACCACCAUGCUUAUACUUUUGUUUACAAAAUUCUAACCUAAUAAUUAUGGAUGAAUUUGUGUUUAAUAUGUUGAUGGAAAACCCGUUGGAGGAACACAUAAAAGCCGUUAGCGUAGUUGCAAAAGUAUCAGCGAAUAUGAAUGAUGAUGUUAUUGGUUUAGAAGAUACAGUUGCAGAAGAAUAUGGUGUAAGGUCUGCUUUAAGUUUGCCAUCACAUAACUUUAUUGAAAAAAUUGCAGCGUUUAAUGACUCUGAAUGUUUGGAACAUUUUCGAAUGAAGGGGACCACUUUGCAGGUGUGUUAUGCUUAGCUUUCAUUUUAAGUAGGUAUGUAAAGCAUUAUUGACUGUUGCAGGCACUCUAUGAAUACCUAUUUAAAGACAAAGUGCAACUUUGACAGUGCGAAAGUUCCAGGUGAUAAGCAGUUAUAUGUAACAUUGUGGACUCUGGCAAAUAAAGAUUCCUAUCGAGAAGUAGGUAAUUUGUUUGGAUUGAAAUGCAGAAAUGAUUUUAUUAAGUGGCCGACAGCUGUGGAACAAACUGAUAUCAAAAGAUACGUCCAUAGUGUACAUCGUUUUCCAAACACUGUUGGAUUUAUUGAUGGAUGUCACAUACAAAUAAAGGCACCUAGUAAUAACCCUACAGACUUUUACAAUAGGAAGGACGUUCACAGCAUAGUGUUACAAGGCACAUGUGAUCAUACUUUAAAAUUUAUCGACAUAUAUCUUGGCCAAACAGGUCGUUCACAUGAUGCACGGGUGUUCAGAGAAAGUCCUUUAUCAGAUGUUUUAAACCAGGUUGUUCCCUCAAAUUGCCAUAUUUUAGGGGAUUCAGCGUACCCUUUACUUACAAGGAUGAUGACACCGUAUCGAGAUACAGGCCAUCUUACAGCAUCACAAAAGAAAUAUAAUACCAUUCAUGCAAAAUCUCGUGCAUUCAUUGAACGAGCCUUUGGUCGCUUGAAGGGGAAAUUUAGACGCCUGAAAUAUUUGGAAGUUAAUGAUAUAACAGGUGUAACGGAUAUUGUUUGUGCUGCAUGUGUUUUGCAUAACUUUAUUUUAACAUAUGAACCAGAUAACUUAUAUAGUCGGCAGCAGCAAGAAGACAUAGAAAUUGAUGAAAAUCUCUCGGCAAGUGAAAAGAGGCUGUUAAUUACUAAUUAUAUAAGCUGAAAUACUUUGUAGUAAUUUAAAGUGAAUUAGAUUGUAAGUGCUGUGCCU